AUGCUGCUUUUGCCAAUUUCCGCCGUGUUCCUGACGUUUUUCUACGCCACCCCCGUUUUUUCCAUCAAAUUGUGUAUGUUUUUGAUUUGCAAACGGGAUUUUUUCAUUAUAAGCUCUUGCAGUUUUGAAAAACCCAUCAACAGACGCGAACAACUGGCAGCCGCAAUUAACUUGUGAGUUUCCUGAUUUCCGGAGCUUUUGAGGGAUUAGCGAAGAAAUUGAGUGGUGUUGCCGGAUUGGAAUUGAAGGAUGCAAAAUGGAGUAUUUUCGACUUUUUAUAGGUUCAUAAAAAUAGGAAGUUAUUUCCGAAAUUUAUUAAUUUGACUUUUUAGUGGAUUUAUUAUGUUUCAAAAUCAGGGAAAAACAAAGUUAGAACGAAAAAUCGACCGAAAGAGGGAGGUCAAUCACUUUUGCGGUUGAGAAUUUCCUGAAAAUUGGCCAGAACACUCCUUGAUGUACCUGAUGUACACAUUGAAAGUCUCAACCUUCGAAACUUCCUAUUUUUUGAGAAAGGAUACCUAAAAGCCUAAGAAGUUCCUCAAAAUCCGUUAAAAUGAGCCAUUUUGAGGCUUUGAGCCUUUAUUUCUUGAAAACUGGGAUAUUGUGACUUUCAGAAUCUUCAUCUGAUACAUCAAGAAGUGUUCUGGCUAAUUUUCAGGAAAUUCCCAACCGUUAAGUGAAAUGACCUCCCCUGUACGAAAAAAUUUAAAAAAAAGAGCCUAGAAAUGAAUUUUCUUAAACUUACCUGAAAAGCUCUUAAAAGUGUAUGUGAUUCACUAAUUUUUUUCAAAAUUAUUUUUAAAAUUAUUUAUUUGAAAAUGAGCGAAUUAUUUUGCGUGAAAGGAAAUAUCAGCCUUCUCAGUUUAAAUUAAAGAAAAAAAAAAAAAUUUGGAAGGGGUUGAAAAAGACUUAUUUUAGGAAAAAGCAGUCGGAAUGAUAUAAAAUUAGUCACUAACUAACUUUUAGUGUUAUUUCGACAAUAAUAUCCGUCCAAAGAACGUUUUCCAAUGUUUAUCUAGGCCAAAAUAUCUCAAACUUUGAAGAAAAACUAGUUGGAAAAAUGAAUUUUUGAACUCUUCUGGCUAUUGGGUACUUUUGGCAUCCAAUUAGGUUGAAGUUUUCUGGUUUUUUUUUCUUUUUGGAACGACCUAGGAAAAGAAAAUUUAAAAGGACUUUUGGAAAUGAAUAUUCAGAGGGAUGAAGGUAAUAGGUCCAGAAGGAUCUAAAAAGAAGCUUGUGGGAAAAAGGCCUUACAGGCUCUUUUUUAACCCUUCUCCUAUAGGAACCUUUCUAGGAGAAAAAUAGAAAAGGUGGAAAAAAAGGCUUCAGAGAAACUUUAAGCACCUUUUUAGGACUUCAAAAAGAAGCCCUAGAUACUACUUUUUGAAGACUUUUUUUUGGACUUUGACCUAAAAAAGGUAGGAGAAACCUGUAGUGGACAGAAUAGACCAUGAAAAAAAAUCAAAAAAUUAUUCAAACCGAGAAAAUUCAUCCUAGACAUCUGACAAGCUUGCCAGACAAGUUUAAUGAUACAAAAAAUCGGCCUCCCCCUUUUAUGCCUGUAACAUUUAUUGCUCUCAAGAGCCAAAAGUUCAGAAAAAUAAAAUCUGAAUUCGUUUUAAAGAUCACGUGUCCGUCGCUUGAGAGAGAAAUGCUUCCUUGGCUGGGGAAAAAAUAAAGAUUUUUGCUUGAACUCUUGGCUUUUGUGAGAAAGAAAAGCUUGAUCAACACAUUUUAUGGCUUUAGAAAAAAGAAUGAUUUUUUUUCCUUGCAGGAAUCUCAUAAUCGUCUUUAGGAAAAAUUUUUGAAAAUGUGAUAAAUUGAAAAUCAGGUUUAAAAGUUGGGGACGGUGUUUUGAGGUUAUGAAAACGUCAAAUAGUUUUGCUAGAGGGUGAAUUUUUCGAACUUUUUUAGGGUUUUAACGACUAAUUUGAAUAAAGUGAGAAGAACAGGAAAAAAUUAAAAAGUUCACAUUUUUUCGGAUCUUAAAAACGCAAACCGGACGCUCCCCGGACGUUUCUGAGCAUUUUUUGUAUACUUUAAAAGUGCUGACGUUUUUAAAACACAGCCGUUUUUAGUACCCACUUGACGCCACUAAAGUGAUCACUAGAAACGUACCCACUUGACGCCACUAAAGUGAUCACUAGAAACGUACCCACUUAGCGCCACUAAAGUGAUCACUAGAAAUGUUCAGAAGCAUCCGGAGAACGCUAGCAAGUCUGAAAAAUUUAAUCAAGAAAAGGUUCUUUUUCCGAUUUUCCGAUUUUCUUGUCUUUCAACAAUCAGUUUCAAUCCGAAAACUCAAAUUUCAAAGAUCAUUCGGAACAAUUUUGGUUAGGAGAGUUUCCAAGAAAACUGGAAGGAAAGGAAAGAUUCUUGAGAAUUCCAGCAGUCGGACAAGUUUUCUCGGUCCGGCCGUCGAUGUGGACCGGAGCCAGGCCUCUGUCCCCGUCGCUCCGUUUCGCCGACGAACCUCAACGCGUCCAACGUCGUCUGCCCUCGACGUUCCUCUUCAGAAGACGUCGCGACCUCGAUCCAAGACCCUUUUUCGGAAACAGCUGGGAUUAUCUCGAUUGA